AUGGAGUAUUUAGGAGUGACUAUGGUGUGUCGUGUUGCAGUAGAGGUUAUGUGUGAACCGUGUGAUAGUGAUUCUGACGAUAAUGAUGUUCUUGUGAGCUGUUUUGGUGGUAAUCAACAGGGAGAACGAAUCGUCAGAGUAUUAGGUUAUGUUGAAAACAUUGUACCUCUUAUGUCUGAUGAUACAUUCAAGAGUCACUUUCGAGUGAAACGUAGCACUGUCAAUUACCUGAUAAAUCUACUUGGGCCAGAUUUAAGGAAUGACAACAUGGGUAGAGAUUCAAUUCCUGUUUACAAGCAGGUUUUACUAGUUCUUUGGACAAUGGCAACUCCUGAUUCAUAUCGAUCAGUAUGCGACCGUUUCGACGUUGGUAAAGGGACAGCUUGGCGAGCUGUUUGGAAAUUUGUAAGCGCCUUAUACAAAUACCUACCGACAUUUAUCACGUGGCCUACUCAGGCUGAAGCAGCAAGAACAGCAUCCUAUAUUGAGAAUAGAUACAGAUUUCCUAAAGUGAUAGGAGCAGUCGAUGGCACGCAUGUCAAAAUUUGUAAACCACAAAUCAAUGCGCAUCAUUACAUAAAUCGUAAGGGCCAAAAUAAUCUCAAUUUAAUAACGAUAUUUACAAGAAUGGACUGGUUACUGAGUCCAAUUUGUGGAGUUGUUGUUACGGAUAGUUAUCAGUAUUGGGUUACAUGUGAUCACACUUUGAAGUUUAUUCAUGUGUACUGUGGUGAAGUUGGCUCUGUUCACGAUUCCCGAGUUUUUGGACUAUCGGGUUUACAGAGUUUAUGUACUCCUGCCAAUUUCCCUGGAAAUACCCACUUAUUAGCCGACAAAGCUUAUAAUUUGCAGCCGUGUGUCAUGGUCCCGUAUAUGAACAAUCAUCAUUUGGGUGCUGCUGAAAUUAAUUAUAAUAGAAUUCACUCGUCGUCAAGAAUGAUGGUUGAACGAGCUAUUGGAAUGUUGAAAGGACGAUUCCGUAGCUUAUGA